AUGGGGCAAUACAUAGAUGGUUUUGACUUUCGGAUCCGCCGAGCUGUGCACAUGGUAUCCAGCGUGCCACAUGCUGUCAAGAUGGCAGUUUUGAUGUCCUCAAGCGGGGUUCGAUCAGUUUUUGCCGACCUCGAUGGAUAUGGGGUUUGGGAGCUGGGUCUUCUGGCUGCGAGCCACCUCUUUGGAUAUACUGUGGAGAUAGUUUAUGGGGAUUCGGGGUCUGGCAACCGCUUAGAGGAGGAAGACGGGAGCGGUGUCAUAAUGAAAUACUUCGAGCCGAAUUGUCAAGAUAAUUUCCUGCCUGGGGUCAGCCAUAUCUUCAAAUAUUUCGCGGGUUCGCGCCGUACUCUGUCGUCGUUGGGAAUGACGUUUAUGACGCUCCCUCAACGCAUUGAACUGGAACAGGGCAAGAAGGCUCCUUCGGAGAUAAAAGAAUUGACUUUGAGUCAUUCUAAAUCCACCGUGAUUGAAGGUCUUUCUGAUGAGUUCACGAACCUGGAGGUCUUGAAUCUCGUGGGCGUUGGUUUAGAAGACCUCUCUGGUUUACCCAAACUUCCCUCUCUGAAGAUACUUGACCUUUCCAACAAUGCCAUCAGUGGUGGUCUGGAAGCAUUACUUAAUUGUCCAAAUCUGGAGACGCUUAAUUUGAGUGCCAAUAAAGUAGCUACAAUCGACACCCUCCUUCCACUGGCGAAACUCUCAUGUCUCAGCAGUAUUGAUCUGUUCAACUGCGAAGUGACGGGCUUGGAAAACUAUCGAAAGACGGUGUUCGCCGCCCUCCCUAAUCUGAAGUACCUUGACGGUCUAGAUGAAAACAACGAGGAAGAGCCUACUGGAGCUGUCCCUAAUGGAGAUGUGGAGGAAGUCGGGUUCUGGUCUAAUAAUCACCUGUUCAUAUUUCUGAUUUUGGCAGCCAAUGGUGAGGAGAAGGCAGAUGAUGACGAAGAAAAGGACUCCGACGACGAUGAGGAGGAGGAAGAAGAGUAUGGAAUCGAAGCCCUACAGCGGAGCGGUGACCUGGAAGACGAUGAUGAAGACUAUGCUCCGGGGCACUUUGGACAGUCACCUCUGUGGGCACGUGAAUUAUGCCUAAACAUUCUCGUCCCCGACCAUGAACCCCUCCAUCGAGUAAUCUGGUGUCCGCCGAAGGCCAAUCAGGAGCUGACUCGCUUGACUGACACCGGUAUGGAGUUUGGACCCAAAUCGAUGCUCCGUAGGGCACAUUUUAAUCCCAACCGCGCCGCCAUGCAUGCUCAUUUCAGUUUCCAUUCGCAAAUGGGUUUCUUCUUUACCUUGAUUUGUGUCCUGCAUUUGGCCUCUUCUAGUGUCGUCGGGCAUGAACAACUCGCCUUGUGGUGUCCAUCCCUCACUACAACCUUUAAACAACAGUUAUGUUUUGUUGAUUUAGGUGAAGAGGAAGAUGCUGAGCUAGGUGAAUACGAUGACGAUGACGAUGAAGACGAUGAUGAGGAAGAGGAAGAUGACGAGGAUAUUGAAGAUGAUGGUGCCAAUCUGUCUGGUGCAGGCGUGACCGGGCCGCGACGACCAGGAAGUAAGCGACGGCGUAGCGAUCUCGCACCGGUUGCCGAUGAUGACUUGGAUGACGAGGCACCAGUUAUUAAACAUAAGGCUUCGGAAGAAACGGAAGGCCAUAUCAAUAAUGGGGCAACGCUUGAGUAAUGAUUUGAUGAGUCCCUUCAUUGACGGUCGUCGAAACCAGGUUUCUCUUGUAUAUGUUCAAAGUUCAUUUUAGUGCGUGUGUCCAUUCUUAGAGCAGUCCACCUCCGAUCGACGUCAUGGUCUACCGCGAACGUUCUCAGUGUACAGUACAGAUAAACCCAUAUAUACAGUCUUCGGAACAGACAGCGCUCUCCAAAUGCAUUUACGCAGCACGCACUUCAGGUGUCCCUGUUUUGCUCUUCAUACCUUCCCUCAGUCCCCCCCUAUCGCACAAAUUGUCAUUUAAUCAUGACUCCAGGGUUUGCUCCAUAUUGUUUUUGUGUAACUGCCCGACCAUAUUUCCGCUGGGUCCAUUUGCUCAGCUGUGCAAAGUCUUUGUCUACUCCAGACCUAUCCGUUAAAAGAUGUAUUCUACUGAGUUGGGUUUUAUUCACGUAUGUGAUAGGACGUUGUCAAUGGACAUCAGUUCCCGGUGAAUAGAACGCGGUGCGGUAACUCGGUCAGGUUUUCAGUUAACUAAAUACAGUACCGGGCUAGAUCCCGAAAUCGACCGCCAUCUGAACUAGUCAAAGUU